AUGAGUAGCGAUAAUUUAAGAAAAGGAUUGAUUAACGAUAGCUUUGGAGACUUCGGGAGUUUCGUAGAGACCCAAAUGCCUGAGGAGAAGAAAACAAUGAGAGAAAAAGCAGGAUUCUUCGGGAAAAUGUUUGUUUCCUGGAUCUACCCUACUUUGAAAUUAGCUUAAAGUCAGCCAUUGGAGAUUGAAACAAUACAACCUCUGGCAAAGACUGAGAAAUCCAAAUAUCUUUACGAGAAAUUCAAAAAAUAAUUGAGCAUUACUAAGAGAGGCGAAAAUACUAUAUUCGAGGCCUUGUUUCACACAUUUUAGAAGCGAAUCAUAAUUACUUUUAUUUGGUUAAUAAUUUCAGCCAGCACUGCAGUUGUUAUUCCAAUUAUGAUUAAGAAUAUUAUUGACUACAUUACCAGGUAGGAAGAGGAUUAUGUAUAUGCUACCAUAAUAAUUGCAGUUAUCAUGAUAUCAAGAGCAAUUAAUAUGAUUUCGAAUGCUUAAUCUAGAUUGGAGAUUAGAGCCUUUGGUUUUGAUGCUUAAUCUGUACUUUCAGUAGAAUUAUUGAGUAAAAGUUUACGAACUUCUUUUUUAAGUAAUCCGAGGUACACUACUGGAGAAGUGAUAAAUUUGAUGUAAGUGGAUGCAGGGAAACUACAAUUUGUAACAUAUUACUUGGGAGUGGCAUUGUUGGUUCCAAUCUAGUUGAUAGUCACAAUAUAUUUAAUGUUUGUUUAUAUUGGAUUAUCGUUUCUUGGAGGGUUCGGUAUAAUGUUGUUAACAGCAGUUUGGAACACGAUGAUAGGUAAGUUCUUAAUGAAAUAUUAACAAACGAUGAUGAAGGAGAAGGACAAGAGGACAAAUUGUGCAAAUCAGAUAUUCUCAUAGAUCAAAUUCAUUAAAAUAAAUGCUUUUGAAGAGUUCUUCAGAGAGAAACUAUUCAAAUUGAGGAAGGCUGAGAUCAAUAUAACUAGAAAGCGUUACUUUGGAACGGCCUUCUAUAUCUUUUCAGUUUGGUUAAGUCCUUUAUUGAUAUUGUGUGGAACAUUCCUUAUGCACAUUUUAUUAGGCCACCAACUCAGUGCUGGGAGUACGUUUGCAAUCAUAAGUUUAUUCUAAAUGUUGCAAUAACCUUUGUUACAAUUACCAAUAGCAAUCAAUGAGGUUAUGGCUACUAAUAUCAGUUUAAAAAGAAUACAGAAGUUCUUAUUUACUGAGGAAUUAUAAUCGGAUUGCAUCUAGUAUGAUUAUUAUGACGAUGAAAAAUCAAUUGAAAUAAGAGACGGUAAUUUCUAUUGGUCAGCGCUUAAGAAGGAGGAAAUUGAUGAGUAAGAGAAGAAGGAGUAGGAGAACAAAAAGAAGAAGAAGAAGCAAAAGAAAAGCAAAAAGUUUUAGGUCGAAGAGUAAAGCCAUGAGGAAGAUGAGAAGAAAUAGGUGCUGUUUAAUAUCAAUAUUGAAAUUAAGAAGGGACGGAUGAUUGGCAUAAUAGGAGAUGUGGGAUCAGGCAAGACAUCAAUCUUAUAGGCCAUAAUAGGGGAGAUGUUGUUUAAAACUGAGAGUCCUCCUAAAGUUACUGUGGGAGGUUCAUUGGCAUAUGUGGGACAGAAGUAUUGGAUACAAAACUUAACUGUAAAAGAAAACAUAUUAUUUGGAUUAGAGUAUAAAGAAUAGAAAUACUAGAAUGCCCUCAAAUACUCCUGCUUAUAGUAGGAUUUGAAGAUAUUAAUAAAAGGAGAUGAAACUAUGAUUGGAGAAAAGGGAAUAAAUCUAUCUGGUGGUUAAAAAGCAAGAAUAAGUUUGGCUAGGGCCAUCUACAGUGAUGCCGACAUAAUAUUGUUGGAUGAUCCAAUCAGCGCAGUUGAUGCACAUGUAGGUAAUUUCAUUAUGAAUGAAUGUUUGAAUGGAUAUUUGAAGGAUAGAACAAGAAUUCUUAUUACUCAUGCUUUAAACAAUCUGCAAUAUGUAGACUACGUGUAUCUAUUGGAAAAUGGAGCUAUAAUCGAGAAGGGCACGUUUGAGGAAAUAAAAUAAUCAGUCAGUUUCAAUUCGAUAUAUUAAAAGUUAUACAAACAUCAACAUUAAAAUGAUGAUGAGGAGACGAUUGAGUAAAAGGUGGAAGAGUUACCUCAGUUGGUGAAAUAAGCCUCUUAGAAGGAGGAGAACAAGAAUGAUUAGAAUAAUGAAUUGAUGUUGGAUGAGGACAGAGAAAGGGGCAAGUUGGCAUUGGAAACUUACAAGGAAUAUUUUAGAUUAACUGGAUAUUUUAAUAUUGCUUUGUUGGUUAUAAUUUAAAUUUGUUGGAUUAUAUGCUAUUUUGGUACAUCUAUUUUGAUCGCUCUUUGGACUUCUCGAUAUAGAUAAUUAUAAAUAUUUAGAGGUUUAUUUCUAUUUCUCUUUGGGACAGGGAAUAUUUGCGUUUCUGAGACCUUUUUAUUAGUUUCUGCUGGAACCAGAACAUCUGAUAAGAUUCACACGAAAAUGAUAAAUUGUUUACUAUAUGCUCCCUAAUGCUCAUUUUUUGAAAGAGUGCCAUUGGGUAGAAUAUUGAAUAGGUUGACAAAGGAUUAAAACUCAUUGGAUAGUGAAGUAUAUUGGGGAUUGAGUUGGUUUUUUGUGGCUAUCAGCUUAUUGGCAGCGAACUUGACUAUUUAUGUCUAUUCGAGUACUGCUUAUAUGUUGAUUCCUUUGUUUUUCUACUUUUGUCUAUGUUGGUGGAUUCAACAGUUAUAUGUGACAGCAAGCAGGGAAUUAUAAAGAUUAGAAUCAAUCUCUAAAAGUCCGAUAGUGAGUUUCUUUGGAGAAUGCAUAAAUGGAUAGAGUUAUGUGAGGGUGUUUAAAAAAGAAAGUAAAUUCAUAGAAAAGCAUUGUGACAAUAUGGAUGUAAAUCGAAGAGUGUUUUUAGAAUUAAUAGGAUCUUAGACUUGGUUCAUGUUGGUGUUGGGAUUAGUAAGUUUAGUGGUGAAUGCCAUGGCAAUAGUGUAUUGUGUAUUCUUCUCCUUUUCUAAUCCCUCUUUGGCUGGAUUGCUAUUGACCUAUGCAACUUAAAUAGAUGGCAAUGUUUCGGAAUGUGUUCAAUCCUUUAGUUAAUUGCAAUUGGGAUUAGUUUCAUUUGAGAGAUGUUUGGCAUUCACCAAAAUAGAGCCUGAACCAGGAUACAAGGAGUUAGAGAAUUAUUUAGAUCAUUGGCCAAAACAGGGAAGGAUUGAUUAUAGUAAUUAUUCAGUCAGGUAUCGAGAAGGAUUGAAGCCUGCAUUGAAGAAUCUCAAUAUUACGAUUGACCCUCAGGACAAGAUUGGAGUUGUAGGCAGAACUGGAGCAGGUAAGUCUACUAUGACACUAACUCUCCUGAGAAUUCUUAGAAGGCUUUGGAAGGCAAAAUUGUGA